AUGUCGGUAACGAUCUCAGAAAUAGUGAAGAUGAUGUCAGUCAUAUAUUUCCCCUCCAUGUUUAACUUCACGUCAGCCGGGAGCUCACCACCGGGGAAAAUUACGAGUGCCAAAACUCAAAUCAACCGAGCGGUAGACAUCGUGGCCCCGAAGUCUAGUCCGUUGUAUCUUCAGAUAGAUGGCCCCGAGCAGAAUAUUCUCAAGAUAUCCUUGAACGUGAUUCAUCCUAGAGUGAUGUUUAAUUGUGGGGCACCAGUUUUGGAUUAUGUUGACCCAGCAUAUCUCAUUUUGGAGUGCUUCGAUUGGUUUGUGGAUCCCAAACUGCCGAAGCCAAAAGCGUAUAUUAGGACGAGGGGAUAUGAUUGUGUGGAAGUGGUUUUUUUGCCGGGAAGACAUUAUUGCAGACUCUGGGUCCACUCCCAAACAAACUGGCAUGUGGCGCUCAUCAGCCAGUCCUCGCUUCUGCUCGGCACCCAAGACCUGAUCCAGGGCGCCUCGGUCCGAGAGUGCCCUUGGGCCGUUUACUUCCUCACGAACUUGGGAACAGCCUUCACCAACUUACUGAAGACUCCGAGAACUACUACGUACAUGCCCAUUGAUGCUGAGUUUCUUAAACGGUAUCUUCUUGCUCCUGAAUUUGGUCUGCCGGUGUAUGAGCCGAACAUUACGAACUACAGAUACAUAAUAGAUGUAGACCCCUGUGAUUGCACCAUACCGGAACCGGAGCAAAUAGAAGAGAGUGAACGAUCAGAAGAAAUACAGACUGGCGAAAAUUCCCCCGAUUUUCAAGUCUCUCAAUCAAUACUGGAUCGACUCCUGACAUGUCCGUCUCCUCCAGCCGUUUCACAAGUAUGCGAACUGGCUACUUCAGACCAAACUUGUGGCAUUCUGAAGGAAAAUAGAGAGAAACUGGUCCGUAGACAUGAGGCGGCGACCUUGUUGCAAGCGUAUUGGAGAGGCACGAUGGCGAGGAAAUGUUUGAGGGAUAAAGUUUUUGUACCUGCAGAAAUAUUUAAAACGCUUACGGAAGUUGCCUUCGGAAACUCCGAAGCUUUGGCUGGACUGAUGAACGAGUUUUUCAGUAUGUAUCCUGGAGCCAAAAGCGCCUAUUCAGUAGCCUCCGCUUUAAGCGGAACUACAGAUUUACAGACCUUCACUGGCCAGGCUCGGAUUACACCCCAAUGCAAAUGGAUCCCCUAUUUCCAAGGAACUUUUUACUGCCACGAUAACGUCAAAGUCCACUUUGCUCUGCAUGGAACGUUGCAGUUUAAUACAAUGCAAGUGUAUGACACUGAUACCGGAUUGCAAUUGCCACAAGUGUUCCGGGCGGCUAAAAGUUUUGAGAUUAAACCGAAUCUUUUUGGUUACACGGUAAUGGGCCACGGCAGUCUCACCAAGCCUCUGGGCGUAAAUUCUGAAGCUAACUGGCAUCUCACAGUGCUCAGUUCCCUCAAAGAUGCCUUCCACGUCUGCAGCAGCCCACACGUCGAUUACUGCCGCGAGAUGCCUCUGCCGCCAGCGACGAAGACGCACAUUGAUUGUAUUUUCAUCCCGAAUAGAAGAAACAUCUUGGGAGGAAUCAGGUUGAUCGUGAUGCAGAGUGGGGCGGUUAGCUUUAGAGCAGCUGCUAGUUCCCCUGAACUGAACUUGGUAGCAAUCCUUCGAGUUCAACAUGAAGAUGGUAGCGUGGAAGUGGUAGGCAGAUGUGAAGGGACUGGCGAACUGUUCUGGCCGUACAUCAAGGUAGAGUCUGCUACAGUUUCGCUAUCGAAACAUAAGAGUUUGGCCUCUCGCUCAACACUCAGCGCGUCAUUGGAAGAAAGGAAAAAUGUCACUAUCUCCAACUCUGAAACAAAGAUCUGCCCUUAA